GUGAAGAUGCACAGUGACCUGCAGCGAGCAUGACAUCUCUGGCCAACGCCAUCACCUCCCACCAGUCGGAGUGGGUCUCCUUCAACGAUGGGCUGCUCCUCCCAGUUACCUCCCAGGGUCAUCCGGUUGAACCUCUUGAGCAAUUUCUCUCCUCAUCUGAUACGUCCUCUGAAGGCGUUCAAAACCUGGAUGGAGAAUUUCAGACUCCUGCCCAAGUUGAGCUGGGAGAUGCAGUGGACCAAGCAACUGCAGACCUUGCAUCCAAAUGUUUGCUUGAAAACCAUCAGUCUCCAAAACUUGAUUUUUCAUCCUUGAACACCUGGGUCCAGUUUGAAGAUGCCCCCUGGACCAGCACUUCGCCAGAGCACACAGACUGCUGGACAUGUCCCUCAUCAGAAUCUUCUAAGAGACGACCCGUUACCUCAGACAGUAGUUGGACAACUACUUCUGAGAAUACCAGCAGCCCAAGUAUGACCCCUUCCUAUACAGAUCUGCAAUCCAUAAAUACAGAGGACCUGACCAGUGGUGCAGCAUCUGCAGCAGGUUCAACUGAAUUCUCAGGAACUCCUGGAGGUGUGUGUGUGUGUGCCCGUCUGCAGUGUGAACACCUGUCGAGGCACGAGAUGCUUCAGCACCUGGCAGGCUUACUACUUCAUGCAAUCUCCAGAAGCAAAAAGGAGGAGGUGCAACAGCCUCGCACCAACUUGUCCUCAGCAGUUGUGGACAAUUCCUCAUCGCUUCCAGAAGAUGAAGAGCUAGGAAUGGAGGCUCCCAGCUGGCAGCUGAAUGGCACAUCUUUUAAUGGCCACAGUGAAAACCUAACCCCAGCUCGUUUCCCCAGCUGGGUAACUUUUGAUGACAAUGAAGCCAGCUGUGUUUCUCCACAGACUUUAUCCCCCGUGAAAGCAGAUACCCCACCAACAGUGACUCCACCAGUUGCAACAACAGCAGUAGCAGCAGCAGCAGCAGCACCGGCCCCAGAUGCAAAUUCCAACCUCCUCACCUCAUCCUUUAAAAAGAGGGAACGUCCCAGGAGCACACUGGGUGACCUCUCAAAAGUUCAGAAACUAGACCUUUCCUCUAUAACCAGGUUGCCUUCGGUCAGCGGUGCGCCCCCCUGGAGUGCUACGAACCCUUUCCUCGAUGAAUCUCUGAGAGACGUUCAACCUUCCCCUAUCAACCCAUUCAGCUCUUUCUUUGAAGAACGGGAUAGGCGCUCCCACUCCAGCUCUGUGUCUGGCCCCUCUGGUAAAAAUCAGAGAGAUUCCCUCAUUGUCCUCCAUCAACAGCCUGAGACCAUCAGCUUCAAUGAGUCAAGUAAACACCUAACACAGAGAGAUGUUGUUGAACAACUCAAGCAACUCCAGAUUGGGGAUCCAGAUGAGCUAAGCCAUUGUGCUCUGCCUGACGAUGACCCCACGUUGCCGUCUGAACUGGACGGCACUCUAUCCAGCUUGGGGCCACCUCAGCGGAAGGACGGUUGGCCAAUGAUGCUGAGGAUACCAGACAAGAAGAACAUCAUGUCCUCUAGACACUGGGGGCCAAUUUACGUGAAGCUGACUGAGAGUGGGUAUUUGCAGCUCUUUUAUGAGAAGGGACUGGAGAAGCCCUUCAAGGCAUUCAAGCUUGAAAUCAACCAUGAGAUUUCAGAGCCCAAGCUCCAGAACUAUGAUGAGAAUGGCAGGAUUCACAGUGUGAGGAUAGACCGUACCAUCUAUAAGGAGAAAAAGAAGUACCAGCCAAAGCCAGCUGUCACUCACGCAGCAGAGAGGGAACAGGUUAUAAAGCUUGGUACAACUAGUUACGAAGACUUCCUCAGCUUCAUCAGGGCAGUUCAGGAUACGCUUAUGGAUUUGCCCACCCCAUCGACAGACCUGAGCACAGUGGGACUAAACUACCAAGAAGAGGAAGUCACAGUGGAUGUAAAGGAUGAGUUCUAUGGCAUCUUGGCCAAAGGGGACAACAGGAUUCUGCAGCACAAUGUGUUGACAAGAGUGCAUAUUCUCACAUUCCUUUCAGGCUUGGCAGAAUGCAGGCUAGGCCUCAAUGACAUCCUGGUCAAAGGGAAUGAAAUCGUCUCACGGCAUGACAUCAUGCCUACCACCACCACCAAGUGGAUUAAGUUGUACGACUGCCACUUCCACAGCUGUGUGGAUGAGGAGAUGUUCACCAGCAACCGCGUCAUUCUGUUUAACCCCUUGGAUGCCUGCCGGUUUGAACUGAUGCGCUUUAGGAGUACAUUUUCUGAGAAGACUCUGCCUUUCACCUUGAGGAUUGCCGCCAGUAUCAAUGGGGCGGAGGUGGAACUCCAGAGCUGGCUGAUGAUGUCUCCGGGAUUCUCCUCCAACCGAGACCCUCUAACUCAGGUUCCCUGUGAAAAUGUGAUGGUCCGCUACCCAGUGCCACAGGAGUGGGUGAAAAAUUUCCGUAGAGAAAGCGUCCUUGGGGAAAAGUCUUUAAAAGCAAAAGUGAAUAAAUGUGCCAGCUUUGGAUCUACCAGUGUUUCUGGUUCAGAGCCAGUAAUGAGAGUAACACUAGGAACUGCCAAAUAUGAGCAUGCCUUUAAUUCCAUUGUAUGGAGGAUAAAUCGACUGCCUGACAAAAACUCUGGUUCUGGUCAUCCUCACUGUUUUUUCUGCCACCUGGAGCUUGGUUCUGACCGGGAAGUGCCUUCCAGUAUUGUCCGCUAUGCGGAUGUGGAGUUUGACAUGCCAACCACUUCAGCAUCCAAGGCUGCCGUUCGUUCCAUCUCUGUGGAAGGCAAGACCGAUGUCAGGAAGUGGGUCAACUAUUCAGCACAUUACAGUUACAAGGUGGAAAUAGAGCAGAAAAAGAGUUUAAAUCCUGAUGUGAUGGGAGACGAAACUGGUAAUGCCAAGGAAUGUGCUGUACACUGAAGGAAUGGUCCGCCGUCAGUGGUU